UUCCUGGGUCACCUUUCGCAGUUUACUCGUCGUCGCCUUCCUUUCCCAAAAAGCACAGAACCAUCUAGCAACAACCGCAACCCCAAUUCCUUCCUCCUCCGAAACCUCUCUCUCUCUCUCUCUCUCUCUCUCUCUCUCUCUCUCCAAAUCAGCUAUGCAGCACGGAGAUUACUCCUCCGCCCCAUACUAUCAGUACCCUCCCUAUCAAAACCCUAAUUCUAAUCCCAACCCCAACCCCAUCCCUACCACCACUGAUCACCACCACAACCCCUACGCCUCCGCACCGCCCUUCACCGCCUCCGAUUACACCCCCUAUUCCCAAUCCUACCCUCCAUUCUCAAAUUCCCGAUCCUGCCCCCCAACCGCUCCUUCCUAUUCCCCUCCAAUCUCCAACCCUAACUUGCCGCCCUUCAAUCCCACACCCCAACCGCCUUCUUUCCCGUCGUUUGAGACCCACGCGCCGUACCAACCACCGCCGCCGCAGCAGUCCUAUCAUCCUUCGUACGAUCAACCCCAAUCGGCUCCAUCUUACGCGCCAAUUCCCGCGAACACUAACGUCAAUUCAAACCCCUCUUAUCCAGCUCCGUUUUCGAAUCCAGGAUCCCUAGCCGCCGCGCCGCUGUACGAAAGCCCCUACGAGAAUUUGGCGAAAUUCGAUCACGGCGGCGCGUCGUAUUUAGACGAUAGGUACGGUGGUGGCGGCUACAACCGGAGCCAGUCCGAUUUGGGAUCGGAUCUGUAUGGGAAGCGAUACGAUUCAGGUCGGAGUGAAAGUUACGGCGACGGUGUUUAUGCUUACCAAGGUGACAAGGUGGAGCCCUAUGGGGCUCGCGGCACGGCGCCAAAGUCGUCGAGCUCGGCUUUGUUUGAUGAUUACGGGAGGGCGAUUAGUUUCCCUUCAGUUAAAGAGUCGUCGGUGAGCUCAAGCAAGAUUGUUCGGGCAGUGCCCAAGGCAGAUACUCAGGAAGACACCAAGAGUGGGGUGCUGAAGUUUCGGGUUAAGCUUUUGGCUGAGAGCGGAGGACAGAGCACCAUGGAUGUUCUUUGCCAGAUUGGUUUGGAUGGUAUUCGUAUGCUUGAUCCUGCUACCAGUCGGACACUGAGAAUAUAUCCGCUCGAGACCAUCACUAGAUGUGAAGUAACAGAUUCAUCUAUCUUUGCUUUUUGGUCAAAGAGUUCUGUUGACAUUGAACCAAGACGGAUUAGAUUGCAGUCAAAUAGUUACACUACAAACACCCUUUUGGAUACAGUGACUGCUGCAACCGUACAGCUCAAGGAGAUGGGUGGCAGUAGCAGGCCAGCUGAAUCUUUGAAGACAAAUGAACAGUCUGCAGAAAGGAAGAAAGGAUUAACCGAUUGGAUGAACAUUAUAAAGCCAGGAAAUGAGGAGAAAGAUCAUUGGGUCCCUGAUGAAGCAGUUUCAAAAUGUACAGCAUGUGGAACAGAUUUUGGGGCUUUUGUACGUAGGCAUCACUGCCGGAACUGUGGAGAUAUCUUUUGUGACAAGUGUACCCAUGGCAGAAUUGCAUUAACUGCUGAAGAAAAUGCUCCGCAGGUUCGAGUUUGUGAUCGGUGCAUGGCUGAAGUAACUCAGAGGCUGAGUAAUGCCAAGGAAGCAUCCGGUAAACCUGCAGCAUUGCAUAGUCAUGAGGAUCUUGCCAAGAAGCUUCAGGCCGAGAUGGAGAAGAACCGCAGGGAAUCUUCAGGUUCCAAGUCAGAUGGAUCUGGAAGACGGAUGAGAGAAGUUGCUUGUCCUACAUGCACUGUCCACUUGCAGGUCCAAGUUCCUAGCUCAGGUUCAGAGACAAUAGAGUGUGGGGUUUGCCAGCAUCCAUUCCUUGUGAGUGCUCACUGAUAUGAACGGUUCUUAGGACUGAUGGCGUCUAAAUCUCCCAAUAUGAAGCCCCUGGCUUCAUAUUAUUUAAUUGGAUUUGGAUUUGCUUUUGUUUCCUAAUAAUUUGGAAGAGCUUUUACAUACCAUUGAUUUCUUGUCUGUAUUGAGGUGAUGGCAGCUUGUUUCUUUUCUGGUUUGUAUUGAGGUGAUGGCAGCUUGUUUCUACCAUGUAGCGUGUAUAUGAAUAUAUAUUAUUUCAAAGCACCAUCAACUGGGUCAUGCCUUUUGUGUAAAUUGAUGUUCAUAUAUAUGCAUUUUAAAUACUUGAUGCUCCAAUUAUAGGGUUGAGACGUGAUAUUUUA